UGAGUUCUGAAGAAGAAAUUGCAGCUUUAAACUUUAGUAAUGAUGCUGAUUCUACAUCUUUUUCAACUUCAUUUUUAUAUUACGAAAUAUAUAGCAUUUUAACUGACACAUCUAAGGCUAAUAGUAAUACUUAUAAUGAGAACCUUACAAAUAAUAAUGCUAUAUUUGAAUUACUUCUUAUCAAUUUUCAAUCUGAUAAAGACUUACUUCAAGAAAUGAUAAAAUUAAUAGCAGAUAAUAAUAAUGAUGAUAGUAUCUUUGAAUAUAAUUUUGAUAAGAUAGAAAAGAAUUUAAAUGAUUAUAUCACUGAAAAAAAUCAGAAUUUUUGUAAGAAAAAAACUGAUGAAAUUAUUGAAUACAAUAAGCAUAAUGUAACAAAAAUAACAAAUUAA